AUGAAAAUAGCAUAUGAUGCCGCCCGAGGUCUAGAGUAUUUGCACGAGAAGGCCAACCCGCCUGUGAUCUACCGCGAUCUCAAAUCGUCCAAUAUCCUGCUUGAUGAAGGGGUUUUCAAUGCAAAACUGUCUGAUUUUGGUCUCGCAAAGGUCGACCCGAUGGGGGAUGUAAUCCAUGCUAGAACAGGCGAACUUACAGUGAAGGCAGAUGUAUACAGUUUUGGAGUUGUGUUCCUUGAGCUAAUGAACUUGACUAGCUCCUUCAAGCAGCAGCAUCAUGAAAAAAACUAA